AUGGCACGACUCUCGGUCUCUCUAGCUUAUGCUUUAGCCUUCGUUUUUGUAAUCAAUGUUGCAUUGGCUGAGUACGAGCCAUAUACUUCCAAUUACAAAGAAACUUCCUACGAGAAACCAAUUGCAAAUGCCAAUGUAUAUCAUCCUAAACCAGCUUACGUCACUCCCCCAUAUGUAGCUCCAAAAGUCUACCCAUCACCAGCUUACGUUGUUCCAAAAGUUUAUCCAUCACCAGCUUAUGUAGCUCCCAAAUAUGUUGCUCCCAAAGUCUACCCAUCACCGGCUUACGUUGCUCCCAAAGUCUACCCAUCACCGGCUUACGUUGCUCCAAAAUAUGUUGCUCCCAAAGUUUAUCCAUCACCAGCUUACGUCUCUCCCAAAUACGUUGCUCCCAAAGUUUACCCAUCACCAGCUUACGUCGCUCCCAAAGUUUACCCAUCACCAGCUUACGUUGUUCCCAAAGUGUACCCAUCUCCAGCUUAUGUAGCUCCUAAAUAUGUAUACCCACCACCACCACCACCUUAUGUCGCUCCAAAAUAUGUUGCUCCCAAAGUUUAUCCAGCACCAGCUUACGUCUCUCCCAAAUACGUCGCUCCCAAAGUUUACCCAUCACCAGCUUAUGUCACUCCCAAAGUGUACCCAUCUCCAUCUUACAUAGCUCCCAAAUAUGCGUACUCAUUACCAUCACCACCAGUGUACGUACCUCCUAAAUAUGUAUACCCAUCACCACCACCACCCGUUUACGUCGCUCCCAAAGUUUAUCCAUCACCAGCUUACGUCGCUCCCAAAGUUUAUCCAUCACCAGCUUACGUCGCUCCCAAAUAUGUGUACUCAUCACCGCCGCCACCAGUUUAUGUUGCUCCCAAAGAUGUCGCUCCAAAAGUAUACCCAUCAUCAGCUUAUGUCGCUCACAAAGUAUACCCAUCACCAGCUUACGUAGCUCCCAAAUAUGUGUACCCAUCACCACCACCACCGGCCUACGUUGCUCCCAAAUAUGUUGCUCCCACGGUUUACCCAUCACCCGCUUACAUUACUCCUAAAGUAUACCCAUCACCGGCUUACAUCAUUCCUAAAGUCUACCCAUCACCGGCUUAUAUAGCUCCCAAAUAUGUUUAUCCAUCACCACCACCACCUGUUUACGUAGCUCCAAAAUACGUAUACCCAGAACUACCACCAACUACUUACGUCGCACCCAAAUAUGUCUAUCCAUCUCCACCACCACCAGCAUACUACUACAAGUCUCCCAAACCAUCAAAAUAUACUCCAUCAGCACAUUACCAUAGACCCCUACCAGCACCUGCAGCUAAACCCCGUUACCCCAAGUACAACUACUAA